CUGUGGCAGUGUGGCUAUAUGUCAUGUCAACGUGAGGGUGAAACUGAAAUGUAUAGUUGUUUAGUGAAUACUUAAUUGUAAAUCAAGUUUACUGGAAGCCGACAUUAUCUUUAAGUUACAAAUACACUGUGUAUACAUAAAUGAACGUUUUGUAAUAUAAUUGUUAAUAAUUAUAUGAAAUGGCUCUUUAUUGUGCAAUCUCAAAUGAAGUACCCGAAGUUCCUGUUGUGUCUCCGUCAUCGGGCGCGGUUUUUGAGAGGCGUAUCAUAGAAAAGUAUAUAAUUGAAAAUGGUGUAGAUCCAAUUAGUGGCAAAGAAUUAAGUGUAGAAGACCUAAUUGAAAUCAAAACUCCACCUAUAGUGAAACCAAAACCUCCAAGUGCUACAUCUAUCCCUGCAACACUUAAAAGCAUGCAGGAUGAAUGGGAUGCCCUGAUGCUACACACAUUUACCCAGAGGCAGCAACUUCAGACAGCUAGACAGGAACUUAGCCAUGCCUUAUAUCAACAUGAUGCUGCUUGCCGGGUAAUCGCUAGGUUGACUAAAGAAGUAACAGCUGCAAGGGAGGCUCUAGCUACACUCAAGCCCCAAGCUGGUAUUGUUGCACCGCAGCCCACCCAUGCCGCUGAAGCGGCGGCUGGGCCCGGGGGGGCAGUGGCCAUCGGUAUGUCUGCGGAAGUGGUUUCUCGGCUGCAGGAGCGAGCCACGGCCCUCACGCAAGAAAGGAAGAGACGUGGUCGGACCGUUCCAGAGGGACUCGUCACGCCCGAACAGAUUCGAUCAUUCCUCACUCUUGCAUCACAUCCUGGUCUGCACUCCGCCAGUGUGCCUGGUAUUUUGGCCUUGGACAUCAACCCUUCAGACCACAGCCGCAUAUUGACUGGUGGAAAUGACCGCAAUGCUACAGUCUUUAAUAAAGAUACGGAGCAGGUUGUGGCUAUACUGAAGGGUCACACGAAGAAGGUGACUAAGGUGAUCUACCAUCCGGAUGAAGACACGGUCAUCACCGCAUCACCAGAUCACACUAUCCGCGUCUGGAAUGUACCUACAUCGCAGACCACAGUACUCCUCCGGUCCCACGAGGGCCCGGUGACCGGGCUGUCGCUACAUCCCACCGGAGACUACGUCCUGUCCACGUCCACCGAUCAGCACUGGGCUUUCUCGGACAUCCGCACCGGUGCUCUGCUCACUAAGGUGAGCGACUCGUCCGGCGUAAGCCUCACCACGGCUCAGUUCCAUCCCGACGGGCUGAUCUUCGGAACCGGGACGGAAAACUCUCAGGUGAAGAUCUGGGACUUAAAAGAGCAGAGCAACGUAGCGAACUUCCCCGGUCACGUGGGACCCGUCACAUCGAUAUCCUUCUCCGAGAACGGGUACUACCUGGCCACGGCCGCCGAGGAUUCCUGCGUCAAGCUCUGGGAUCUGAGGAAACUUAAGAACUUCAAGACUAUUCAGUUGGAAGAGGGAUACGCCAUUAAGGAGUUGUGCUUCGACGGCAGCGGCACGUAUCUGGGCGUGGCCGGGACCGACGUCCGCGUCUACUUGUGUCGUCAGUGGCAGGAGCUCAAGGUAUUCAACGAGCACACUGCGUCGGCGACGGGCCUGCGGUUCGGUCACCACGCCCACUAUUUGGCCUCCACUAGCAUGGACCGCACCCUCAAGAUUUACGGCAUAGAGUGAGGGCAUACGGAGUGAAUGUAUUCAGUCCAAUAUUAUUUCACCGGUACAGAUGAUUUCGUUUACGUCUUUAAAGUCACUUUCUCUAUUGAAAUGUUAGUUCUAAUAUUGCCUUUUAAAUAGCCCAGUAAUUUGGUUCAUUUGAGACACUUCUUCACUUAGACUGUCUAAUAAGAAACCUUGAAAAGAUUGACGAAUUUAUGUUCUUCAAUUAAUAUUUAGUAAUGUAAGUAAGGUAGAUAUUAAAAUAAUUAUAUUGAAAUAAAAUGAGUGAUUCCA